CUGGAAUAUGAAAAUGGAGAUAUUUACAUAGGUACCUCAAAAAAUAAAAAAAGAAAUGGCUUUGGCUACUACCUAUAUGUUAAUAUGAACACCAUAUAUCAAGGACAAUGGAACAAUAAUACCAAAAAUGGGUAUGGGACGUUAUAUAAUCAAAAAGAAGUUAUAUACUCAGGUGAAUGGUUAAAUAACAUUCCUCAUGGUUUUGGUUGUAAUCAGAAAGAUGGGCAAUUAUAUAUGGGUUGUUAUAAAUAUGGAUUUAUGAAUGGUGUUGGUAUAUUAAGAAAAAAGAGGAGUUUGAAUUUUUGUUUGUUUGAAUGGAAUAAGAAAAAAUGUAUGAUAAGAAUUUUUAAAUAUAUGGAUAUAUAUUUAUAUAUAUAUAAUAACGAUGAAAAAAUAUUAUAUAAAGAAAAAAUGGAUGAUAUAUUUCCAUUUUAUAUUGAUAAAAAUUUAUGUAGGAAUAUACAUGAGCAGGUAUUUGAUAAAUUAUUUGGCAUGUCUGAUGAAUUGACAAGUCAUCUGUUUCAAUCGAUGAAUAAGAAAAAAAAUAAGAUUAAGGAGUGUGUGAAUUCUCAAGGGAUAUUACAAUAUAUUAAUUAUGAUGACCAUUUGAAUUUUCUAAAGGAUAUAAUAAAUAAAACGGAUAUAUUAAAUUUGAGAAUUAAUGAUAAUAAAAUAAAUGAUAAUAAUAAUAAUAAAAAUAAUAUAUAUGAUGAUAAUGAUAAUAAUAAUAAUAAUAAUAAUAAUAAUAAUAUUUAUGAUGAUGGUAAUAAUAACUAUGAAUUUCAUUUUUUUGAUAAAUCCUCAAAAAAUACAAGUAAUAUGAACAAAGUAGAGAAUGAUAAAAAAAAAACACAAUCGGAUUCUUCUUCUUCUUCUUAUAAUCAAACCAACAAUUUUAGUUAUAUGUCUUAUUCAAAAGAAAGAUUAUAUCCAUAUGAUAUAACAAAAAAUAAAAGACUGUUCAAUGAUAUGUUUUUAUUUUAUCAUACAGAUUCUUGUAUGAGUGACUUUUGCAUACAAAGGGGUGACGAAAGUGAGAGUAAUAUGCAUAAACAUGAAAUAAAAAAAAUGAAAAAAAUGAAGAAUAAAAUAAAAAUUGAAUUACCAACAAAAGUUGUGCAAGACGAAAUAAUAAAAGAAGACAAUUGUGAUAUAUAUCAAAAAUAUAAAAAAUGUGAUAUAAAUCAAAAAACUCAAAAUGAUAUAUUUCAUUUUGAAAUGUAUGAACAAUUAGCCCAUUCACAAAGAAACAGAAAGAAAAAAAAAAAAGAAGAAUAUUAUAAAUUAUUUAUUUCAAAUUAUAAUAUAAACAUAUCCGAUUCUAACAAUUUACAAUUAAUUAAUCACAAAACAGAACAUAAUAAUAAUAAUAAUAAUAUUGUAAGAAUAAACCAUGGGAUAUAUUCAAAAGAUUAUUUGUUCUUUUAUGAAAAUCUAUUUAUUUAUUUAAAAGAAUUAAAUAAAAAAAAAAAAAUAGAAAAUAUUUACCAAUGGGAAAAAGACCAUAUUUUAAUUUUAUUAUAUUUAUUUAAAUUGAAUAGAUAUAUUAAAUCUUUUUCAUCUAAUAAAAUUAAAGGGCUUCAUUUUUUUUUUAUUUUAAAUACUAAGGUUUUAAAAGAAUUAGGAAUAAAUAAUAAAGAACACAUAUUUUUUCUUAUGAAUAUAAUUAAUACGUUUAAUAAUAUUCAUAAUAUUUAUUUAAAAGUAUUAAAAAAAUAUAUUCUUAUACACAAUGAUUACAAGUCUUCAUAUACACAGCAUUCUAUAAAUAAAAAGGAAGUUUUUAUAAUAAAAAAAUUUGAUAAGAGUAUACCCCCAAAUCAUUUUUUAUGUUAUUAUAAAAAUUCACGUGUAUAUUUGAAAGGUUUUACACAAAAAAAAGAAAAAUAUAUAUAUAAACCAAGUGAAAAAAAUGAAAAAAAAAUAUUACGAAGUAUAAAUGACACGUCGGAAAAAAGUAUUGAAAAAAAAAGUGAUGAGAAUAUGCAACAUAUAAAUAUAAAUGAUGAAUGUAAAAAUGAAGUACCUGAUCAUAAUGCACAUAUAAAUAUUUCUAUAAAGGUACAAAGUAAUAAGUAUGACAAAUAUGAUAAAAAUAACAAUGAUUAUAAUAAAAAUAAUAAUACAGACGAAAAAAGGACCUUUCCAAAUUUCAAGAACAAUCUGUUCAAUGCUGCUCAUAGGUUAUUACAUAACGAAUCAAUAAAUGAAACAUUAUUUAAUAAUCUGAAAAAUAUUAAAAAGAAUUUACUCAAAUUAGAAGAGCAACAUGAUGAAUAUACAAAUGAUGAAAAAAAUUUAGGAGACUAUGAAAAUAUGACAAAUAAGUCUUUAUCAUAUCAUGAUAAAAAAAUAAUUGAGAACAAUAAAAUAUAUCCUCCACAUAAUAAAACAAAGGAACAAAUUAAUAAUAAUAAUAAUAAUAAUAAUAAUAAUAGUAAUAUGAUUAUUAAUACAAAGGAAUAUAAAAAAAAAAAAAAAAAAAAAUAUAUAUAUAUACAUAAUAAUCCUACCAAUUAUAAAAAGACAUGUAAUAAUAAAAAAAAUAAUAUAAUUGAUAAAUCAAUAAAAAAAAUUGAAUACAUAAAGGAAUAUUUAAUAGUAUCUAAUUUAAGACAUCCAAGUAUAUUACAAUGUAUAGGAAAUAUAUUCAUUGAUAACAAGGACGAAUGUGGUAUUGUUUUUGAAUAUAUAAAAGGGCAAACUUUAUAUGAUCUUAUAUAUAAAAAGGGAUCUAAUAAAAAUGAUAUAAAUGAUAAGAUAAAUAACAAUCAACAUGAUAAUAAUGACAAUAAUAACAAUAAUAGUGACAAUAAUAACAAUAAUAGUGACAAUAAUAACAAUAAUAGUGACAAUAAUAAUAUUAAUAGCACGAACCAUAUACAUAAUAACACUUUUAAAUUUAAAGAAAUUAUAAAAUUAUUGUUCGAAAUUUCAUCGUGCUUAUAUUAUAUACAUAAAAAAAAUGUUUGUCAUGGAAAUAUGAACAGUAAAAAUAUAAUGAUAACAAAAAAAGGAGAUAUAAAAAUAUAUAAUUUUGAAUGUUCAUUUAUUGAAAGUUUUUAUGAUUAUAAAAUGAAAAAAAAUAAAGAACCGAAUAGAAAAAAUAAAAAUGAUUAUGAUAUUUAUAAUAAUAUAUCUUUGAAUGAAAAAAUGUUUUUACCAUUCCCUUAUUUUACUACAAUUAAUAAUAUAAAAAAUAAUAACAUAUCAAACUUAUUGUCAUUUAGCAACAAUCAUUUAUAUUAUUAUUAUAUAAAUAAAAAAAAUGAUGAAUAUUAUUAUAUAGCACCUGAAGUUUUAAGACAAGAAGAAUAUACAAAAAAAAGUGAUAUCUAUUCCUUUGGUGUUAUUAUGUAUGAAAUUAUUUUUGAGAAAAUACCUUUUAAAAAUGACCCAUCUCCUUUCUUUUUUUCAAUACAAACAUGUUAUCAUCCAAGAUAUAUUAACAUUGAUAGAGAUAAAUUGAAUUCUAUAUGUGAGAAUAAUAUAUUCUCUUCUCUUUAUCAUUCUCUUUUUAUGAAUAUUAUAUUUUUAAUAAAACAGUGUUUACAUCCAUGUCCUACCACUCGACCUACUGCAAAAUAUUUAAGUCAUCAAUUUGAGCAAAUGCUAGAAAUAAUUAACUGUUAUAAAAUAAUAUAA